UUCGAGGCAAUCUCAUAUGUCUGGGGCACAGAUCUCCAGGAUCAAUGCAUCCUGGUCAACAACAAUUUCUUGACUAUCACCCGCAAUCUGAGGGGCGCCCUUGAGCAAGUUCGCCUGCCAGACAGGCCUCGUGUCUUAUGGGCUGAUUCGAUCUGCAUCGAUCAGCAGAACAAGAGAGAAAAGGGCCAUCAAGUUGGGCUUAUGGCGCGGAUCUACUCGUUGUCCAUCUGUACCCUGAUCUGUCUGGGU